CGUUAAACUAGAGCUACCUCGAUCUCUAGGUUUCAUACCACGUCGUGAAGGAGCUCUCGCUGACUUCAGUCCAAGAAAGCAAGCCGCGUACAAACAAUGAACGCCGACAAAUUACCCAUUAUUGUCGAAUCGUCCUUGACGAAUGGCGGCAAACGUACUGUCAUUGAUUCCGACUUAGCCCCUGGUGCCAAAGCUCCAUCGCAUUAUCACACCGACUUCACUGAGACAUUCACUCUUGUCAGUGGCUCAAUGACUGUUUGGACUUCAGAAGAUAUGGACGAGGUGAACUUCAAACCAAUCGAGCUCGAGGUGGGGAAGGCUGUACCAGUUCCACCAAAUACGCUACACAAAUUCCUAGUCAAUGAGCAUUCUCGCGUCCAUGUCGUGAUGAGCCCCGGCACUAUUGGUUUCGAGAGAAUGAUUCUCAUUAUGCGCGGCACACAGGCAGAUGGCGUUUACACUCAGUUCAGCUCACCGGAGACUGAGAGUGGCGCAACAUUCUAUUCGGUACUUGGGGAUCUUACCAAUACCAUGUACGUUGGAGAAGCAAAGGCGAGGCUGGAUGCAUUAAUCGCAGCUAAAGGUUCCGAGGUUGAGAUAGUGAAGCAGGACCUGAUCGCCAAAUACGCAUCCGAUGAGCAUUUGAAGAAAGCUGCCGGACUUUGAAUAUGGAUGUCGGCGAAGGACAGUGUUUCAGGAACAUUUACGGAUCCUACUUGUUACCACCUUAUCCAAGCAAUUUCAGGAACAUGAAAGACAAGCUAUUC